AUGGAGGGAGAGACUGCGAGGAAGAGGAAGAUGCCCCAGGACACCCAGGCAGAGAAGAAGCUGAGGAUGGAGACCAAGAAGGACAAAUUCCCCCAACAGAACCUUGUGGAAGAGGCCGUUUUGAGCAGUGCUACGGUGCAGAAUUCGAACUGGGAGGAAAUGCCUCAGAGAUCCCACAGGAAGAGGGGCUCCAAAUCCAGUCCAGGGUGCUCUCAGAAGGAAAGACCCACCCUGAGCCAUGAAGGUGGACGGAGCUUCAGCCAAAGCUCAGAGCUGGUGGUCCAUGAGCAGCUUCAUGAUCAGAAGAAGCCCUACAAGUGCUUAGAGUGUGAGAAGAGCUUCAGGCACAGCAGCACCCUGAUGAGCCACCAGAUGACCCACACUGGGGAAUGGCCCUACGAGUGUGGGGAGUGUGGGAAGGGCUUCAGCUACAGCUCCACCCUCAUCACCCACCAACGCAUCCACACUGGGGAGAAGCCCUAUGAUUGUGCCCAGUGUCAGAAGAGGUUUCGGACCAGCUCCAGUCUCCUCCAGCAUGAGCAGAUUCACACCGAUGAGAGGCCCUUCCGCUGCCCUGAGUGUGGGAAGGGCUUCAAGCGUAACUACACCCUCGUCAGCCACCGGCGCAUCCACACUGGGGAGAGGCCCUACGAGUGUCCUGAGUGUCAGAAGAGGUUUCACACCAGCUCUGAUCUUCUCCUGCAUGAACGGAUUCACACGGAUGAGAGACCCUUCCUCUGCCCUAGCUGUGGGAAGGGCUUCAAGCGCAACUCCCACCUCAUCAGGCACAAGCGGACCCACACUGGGGAGAGGCCCUACGAGUGUGGGGAAUGUGGGAUGAGCUUUAGCCACAACUCUAACCUGAUCUCCCACCAGAAGACCCACACCAGAGAACGGCCCUAUGAAUGUGGGGAAUGUGGGAAGAGCUUCAGGCAGAAGUCUCUCUUGAGCUGCCACCAGAGGAUCCACACUGGGGAAAGGCCAUACAAGUGUGGGGAAUGUGGGAUGACCUUUAGUAGGAGGCCACAACUGAUCAUCCACCAGAUGAUCCACACUGGGGAGAAGCCCUACAAGUGCCCUGAGUGUCAGAAGAAGUUUCACACCAGUUCUCAUCUCGUCCAGCACCAGCGGAUUCACACGGUUGAGAGGCCCUUCCGCUGCCCUGACUGCGGGAAGGGCUUCAAGCACAACUCCACCCUGAUCACCCACCGGCGCAUCCACACUGGGGAGAGGCCCUACGAGUGUCCCCAGUGUGGGAAGAGCUUCACCAGCAGCUCUCACUUGACCAGACACCAACGGAGUCACCAGUAA